AUGUCACCCGCAAAAUCCGAAAAGAUGAAUUCAAAGGAAAAGACAAAAAAGAUCGUCGACGCCGACGAGUAUCAGCAAGCGCGUACGCAUCUCCUCAAGCAAGAAAAAGAAGCCACUCAAUUGUUGCAAAGUCUAGCAGCUGCACGCCGAGAACUCCCUAUGGUGCAAAUCCCCAACCCGGAUCGAUUCAAGUUUGACACUCCCGAAGGAGAGAAAAGCCUCGUAGAUAUCUUCGAUGGCCGUGACCAGCUGAUCAUUUACCACUUUAUGCUCGGCCCCGGCGAACAUGCUGGAUGUGUGGGAUGUUCCUUUUGCAUGGAUCAUAUUCCAACUCUCGAGCAUCUACGAAGUCGUAAUACCUCGUUUGCUGCGGUCGCUACUGCUCCAUUGUCUGAGAUCACUACGUAUCGCACUAGGAUGGGAUGGAAAUUCCCUUUUUACAGCUCUGCUAAAACCCACGAGGCGUGGAAGGAGGCCGAGCAGGCGGGAGAGACUGUUACUUGGAAGCCUGGGAAUGGAUAUUUUGGUCUCUGCGUUUCAAAGAUGGCGAUCGCGUCUUCCAUAGCUAUGACACUUCCGAUCGAGGUCGGCAAUGGGAUGGGCAAAUUCAGUCUUAAUGAUGAGUACGGAGUUAAAAAGUAA